CAAAAGUUCAGCAAACAUCUCCUCCUAUCCUUUUCCCUCCCUCCUCUCAACUCCCCCCCCCAAAUUUGUUUCUUUGAAUUCCAAGCUUUCAAGGCAGAGAUUAGAAACUACCGCGGGGGCUCCCAGUGCACGCCCCAAAGUCUCGAAGUUCCCAAAGCAAGGUUUCCUCAAGUUUUAUGAUGUUUCGAGUACUCAGGAGCAGACGAUGUAGGUUGAGCAUCAUCCACUUAAAACGCCUUCAUCAUAAGGCUGUGCUAGCACUCAGACGAGAAGAUGUAAAUGCAUGGGAAAGGAGAGCACCUCUAGCCCCAAAGCACAUUAAAGGGAUCACCAAUUUGGGAUAUAAGGUGCUUGUUCAACCUUCGAAUCGAAGAGCCAUCCAUGAUAAGGAAUAUGUCAAAGCUGGUGGCAUUCUUCAGGAAGAUAUUUCUGAGGCAUGCCUCAUUGUGGGAGUUAAGAGACCUCCAGAAGAAAAAUUAAUUCCUAGGAAGACUUAUGCAUUCUUCUCUCAUACAAUAAAAGCUCAGGAAGCAAAUAUGAACUUGUUGGAUGAGAUUCUAAGACAGGAAAUACGGCUUAUUGAUUAUGAGAAAAUGGUUGAUCAUAAAGGAACACGUGUGGUGGCCUUUGGACAAUGGGCAGGUGUGGCAGGGAUGAUCAACAUUUUACAUGGAAUGGGCUUAAGGUUUCUCGCCCUGGGACAUCACACACCUUUUAUGCAUAUUGGUAUGGCCCAUAACUACAGGAAUAGCAGUCAAGCUGUACAAGCUGUACGUGAUGCUGGCUAUGAAAUUUCUCUGGGAUUGAUGCCCAAAUCAAUAGGACCUUUAACAUUUGUGUUCACUGGCACUGGUAAUGUGUCUAAGGGUGCACAGGAAAUCUUCAAUGAACUCCCUUGUGAGUUUGUGGAGCCACAUGAGUUAAGAGAAGUUUCCCAAAGUGGAGAUCUCAGGAAAGUGUAUGGGACAGUGUUAAGUCGACAUCAUCACCUUGUCAGGAAAAGAGAUGGGGUAUAUGACCCUGUAGAGUAUGACAAACAUCCUCACCUCUAUACAUCUCGCUUUAACACUGAUAUUGCCCCAUACACUACUUGUUUAAUUAAUGGAAUCUAUUGGGAGCAAGAUACUCCUCGGUUAUUGAGCCGGCAAGAUGCCCAGAAGCUCCUUGCACCAGUUAAAUCCUCAGUUAUUUCUGUUGAAGGUUGUCCUUCCUUGCCCCAUAAACUUGUGGCCAUAUGUGACAUCUCAGCUGACACAGGAGGGUCUAUAGAAUUUAUGACAGAAUGUACGACAAUAGAUAGUCCCUUUUGUAUGUAUGAUGCUGACCAGCAUAUUAUUCAUGAUAGCGUUGAAGGCUCUGGUAUACUUAUGUGUUCCAUUGACAAUUUACCAGCUCAGCUCCCAAUUGAAGCUACGGAAUAUUUUGGAGACAUGCUUUUUCCAUAUGUUGAAGAAAUGAUAUUAUCAGAUGCGACUCAGCCUCUUGAAAGUCAGAAUUUCUCUCCUGUUGUCCGAGAUGCAGUGAUUGCAUCAAAUGGAUCAUUGCCUGAUAAAUAUAAAUAUAUUUUGAAACUACGGGAGAGCAGGGAGCGUGCACAGUUGCUUUCAAUGGACAGCAAAAAGAAAGUUUUGCUUCUUGGAACUGGUUAUGUGUCUGAGCCACUAUUAGAAUACCUUUCUAGAGAUGACAGCAUUGAAAUAACAGUGGGCUCAGAUAUGAAGAAUCAACUUGAGCAUUUGACCAAGAAUUACAAAAUUAACCCUAUUGUUUUGGACAUUGGCAAGCAUGAGGAGAGAUUGGCCAGCUUGGUGAAAAAACAGGACCUUGUGAUCAGCUUGCUACCCUAUGUAUUACAUCCUGUUGUGGCCAAAGCAUGUAUUGCCGGCAAAGUGAAUAUGGUCACUGCUAGCUACAUUACACCAGCCAUGAAAGAAUUGGAGAAAAGUGUGAAUGAUGCCGGCAUCAUAUUACUUGGAGAGCUGGGAUUGGAUCCUGGCCUUGAUCAUAUGUUGGCCCUGGAAACAAUUGAUAAAGCUAAAGAAGUAGGAGCCACGAUUGAAUCUUACGUCUCCUUUUGUGGUGGUUUGCCAGCCCCAGAGCAUUCUGACAAUCCUUUGAGAUACAAAUUCAGCUGGAGCCCAGUUGGAGUCUUAAUGAACAUCCUACAACCUGCUAAAUAUCUGCUUAAUGGAGAGGUGAUUGAAACUGGUGGAUCAUCUUUUCUUGAUUAUGUUACCUCCAUGGAUUUUUUCCCAGGAUUAAAUUUGGAAGGCUAUCCUAAUAGAGAUAGUACCAAGUAUGCUGAGAUAUAUGAUAUUCAGUCUGCUCAUACUUUAUUGCGUGGGACUCUAAGAUAUAAAGGAUAUGCCAAAGCUUUGAGUGGAUUUGUAAAAUUGGGCCUAAUAAAUAGAGAUGUAUACCCUGCCCUUAGUCCUGAAGCCUCACCUAUCACCUGGAAAGAACUGCUCUGUGAAUUGGUUGGCAUUUCACCUUCCUCCUCUCAUGAUGUACUAAAGGAAGCUGUGUACAAGAAACUGGAUGGGGAUGACUUGCAGCUGCAGGCAGUAGAAUGGUUUGGGUUACUUGGAGAUGAACAAGUCCCUAAAGCAGGGUCUCUUGUGGAUGCAUUCUCUAAACAUUUAGUGAUGAAACUUUCCUAUGGUCCUGGAGAAAAAGAUAUGAUUGUAAUGAGGGACAGUUUUGGAAUACGACAUCCUUCUGGUCAUUUAGAACACAAAACUGUUGAUCUUGUGGUAUAUGGUGAAGUCAAUGGAUUUUCAGCUAUGGCUAAGACUGUUGGUUUGCCAGCAGCCAUGGCUGCCAAGAUGAUCCUGAAUGGUGAAAUUAAAGCAAAAGGCUUGAUAGGGCCUUUUACAAAGGAGAUCUAUGGACCAAUACUGGAGCGUAUUAAAGCAGAAGGCAUUAUCUAUACAACUCAAAGCACCAUUAAGCAGUGAUUGGGAAUAACCAUGUAAUUAUAUCUAUCAGACAUCAAAACUUGCCAAAGGGCUCCAAACUUUUUUCUCUUUUAAAUAGUAUUUUUUCCCAAUUAAAUACCAAGACAAUUUUUAGCAUGUCCCUACCAAGACAAUUUUUAGCAUGUCCCUUUUAUAAGAUUUUAAGUUCCAAAUUUUUGUCCCUUUCUCUGCUCCCCUCUUUCUAAAAUGGUGGGCAAUUUGAUAUAGAUUAUGCAUGUGCUAUCAUGUAAAACAUAUUUCCAUAUUAAUCAUAGUUGUGAAAUAAGAAAUAGAUCAAAAGGAAAAAAAAACCACACAAAAAUAAUGUAAGAGAAAAAAAAGUAUGCUUCUAUCUGCAUUCGGAGAGCAUUAGUUCUUUAUCUGGAUAUAGAUAGCAUUUUCAAAGGGUCCCAAACUUUUGAGCCAUAACCACACUUCCCAAUGUAUUAUUUUUUGGUAUAAUGCACCAUCACAUAUUUUUGAUUGAGUGAAAUGAAUAAUAUUUAUGAAAAUGUAAUUCUAUUUUUCAUAAUAAUUCUUUGGUACAUGAGUCUACUAAUUGUAAAGGAAUUUAAUUUUUUAACCACAUAUUGUUCCUGUAUAUAUAUAAAAGUGAAGAUAAAUGGACUCUUUAUUAAUUUAUUGUACAUUUUUCUUAAUAUCUUAGGAAUUCAUUUCUCUAAGUAUGUGACCAUUAGAAUUUUUAGCCAGAAAAUGUUCCCUGUUUGCAAGCAUAUUUUUAUAUAUAUUUUUUCAAGUCUACAGAGUUGGCUUUAGAUUGCUUUACCUGUACCUAUCAAUGAAACUUUUAGAUAAUAGAAGUCAAUCUUUCUUUUAAAAUUUUAUAUUCUCAGUAUAAACAACCCCUGAAAAGAAAGGUACACAGAAAGAUCAGGGGAUUUCUCACAGUCAAACAAUCAUUUAGUAGCAGAGUCAUGCUACAAUUCAUGUCUUAUAACUUCUAGUCCCUACUUUUUCCUUUCCUCCAUUAUGCCUACUUCUGAAAUGUUUCACUUUGGGCAAUUCUCUGUUGAGUUUAAUUUCUAAUGCAACUAUGAAUAUUUACAUGUUAUUAUUUGGCCAUUGUACAGUAAAGAUGCGGUAAAGAGAGCAUUCUAAGACACAAAUUCAGCUGUCCAAGAAAUUGAAGUUUUCAUUUUGUGGCUUUUCAUCUCUCCUUCCUUCUCAGUGAUGGGACAUCCUAUUUUAAUUACUAUUAACAUACUUUUUUCCUUCUCUUAAUGCUGUGCAUUAAUUUUAAGAAGAGGCUUUGGCCUAAUUUUAAGCUCUGGAUCAAGCUUAUUUUUGUGGAAUGUGUGUAAUUAGUUGCCAAUUGGUUGUAACUUUCUUUACUUUUUUAUCCUAUGGUGGAAGAUUUCUUUGGACCUCUUGGGUGAUUUCAUUCCUCAUUAAAAAAUAUUAGCACCUAAGUUUGCAUGGAUGGAAAGCCAAAGAUAAACAUGGAAAAAUAUAUUAAAUGUAAAAUAAUGAAGAAAGAAUGAUUUGUUUAAUAGGUCUGUUUCUUAUUUACAUACUUAUUUGAUUUAGAUUUAAAAAGUAAAGUUAUACUUUUGGAUCACUAAUUUUAAUUUUCAGAAUUUCUAUGUUCAUUUUAGUAUUUAGUAUAAUUGCAUUUUAAUCAAUUUUUUUCUAGAUAUACUUAGAUUAGUUAGAUAUGUCAUUGUUACUAAGGGAAAUCAUGUCUCUCAUGUUUUGGAAUAUUUAAAACCAUAUCCAUCAAUGAAACAUUUUUUUAAAAAUGAAGUUUAGUUCCUUUAUUCUCAAAUUCAAAUACCUUAUAAGGGUGUAGGGUGGGGUGUGGCUUAUUGAUUUCUUUUCCCCUUAGGUAAAAAUGUUAGUUUUCUCUUCUAAACUAUAGGCAUAAACACAACUUUAUAUCUGCUCACUCAAAACCCAACAAAAGUACUGAUUUUUAAAAACUUUUUAGUUGAUUAUUUGAAUUUGUCCAAGAAAGUGUCCAACUCUUUUAAAACAGAGUACUAUUUGUUGAUGUCAUCCAGCAUUUGUUUUAAGAGACAAUCCACAUGAAUGAAACCUGUAAAGAUAAUGAUGAGACUGUACUUUGCAUGGAAAAUAAAUGUCUUUAAAAUUUAA